AGUCCUCUCCGCCUCUCUGCCAGACUCACAGUGUCCUCACGGCGGCACGCCGGCAUCAUCUCCGUCCUCACGCCUAACGCCGGCCGCCUCUCUCUCUCUCUCGGCUCAAUUUCUUAGAUGUUAGAGUUUGGUUCAACAAUUAAACGUUCAUUCUAAGAUUGCAAAUCAAAAUGAUUGUUGAUUCCCGGAGAUUUUAACUUUAACUUCUUCAUCGGAGUUGAUUUCAAUAAAGGAAUGCCCUUUAACGCCAGUGCCACCAAGCAUCUCAGCUCAAGGCUCUCUCCAAACCCAUGUAAGUUUUUCUGCCACUUCAACCUUAUUCCCCGUUGCUUUUCAUUACUUCCCAAGCCUUCGGAACCCGAGCACGAGCCUGAAAAGGACCAAACUUUAAUUCAAGAUUCCCCUAAAUCAGAUUGUUAUGGAACUAGAAGAGAACAACCCCCAAUUGCUGAUAAGCUCUUUAAACUUGCCCCGAAAUCGGGCUCUUACAAACUGGGUGACUCCACGUUUUAUUCUCUUAUCGAGAAUUAUGCCAAUUCCGGAGACUUCGGGUCUCUGGAGAAGGUUUUUGAUAGGAUGAAACGAGAAAAAAGAGUGUUUGUGGAGAAGAGUUUUAUUCUAGUGUUUAGGGCUUAUGGGAAAGCACGUUUGCCUGAUAAAGCUGUUGAACUUUUUGAAAGGAUGGUGGAUGAAUUUCAGUGUAGACGAACUGUUAGGUCGUUUAAUUCGGUUCUUAAUGUGAUUAUACAAUCAGGUUUAUAUCACCUAGCAUUGAAGUUUUAUUCCGAUGUUGUUGAUAGGAGGGGCGUCGAGCCAAAUGUAUUGACUUUUAACCUGAUUGUUAAAGCAAUGUGUAAGGUAGGGAUGGUAGAUAGAGCAGUGGAGGUGUUUAGGGAAAUGCCGGAGUGGGAAUGCAAGGCGGAUGUGUAUACGUAUUGCACAUUGAUGGAUGGGUUGUGUAAGGACAAUAGGAUAGAUGAGGCCGUGACUUUGUUGGAUGAAAUGCAGAUAGAGGGAUGUUUUCCUAUUCCGGUGACUUUUAAUGUUUUGAUUAAUGGGCUUUGCAAGAAGGGCGAUUUGGGCCGAGCUGCAAAGCUUGUAGAAAAUAUGUUUCUUAAAGGUUGUGUUCCUAAUGAAGUGACUUAUAACACGCUUAUUCAUGGUCUGUGUCUUAAAGGGAAGUUGGAUAAGGCGAUUAGUUUGUUGCAUAGAAUGGUAUCGAAUAAACAUGUUCCUAAUGAUAUAACGUAUGGAACUAUCAUCAACGGUCUUGUCAAGCAAGGAAGAGCAGUUGAUGGCGCGUGUAUAUUUAGGGCAAUGGAGGAAAGAGGACAUCGAGCAAAUGAAUAUGUUUACUCUUCACUAAUUAGCGGGUUGUUCAAGGAGGGAAAAUCCGAGGAGGCGCUAAAAUUGUGGAAUGAAAUGAUAGAGAAGGGAAGCAAGCCAAAUACAAUUGUGUAUUCUGCUCUUAUAGAUGGGUUGUGUCGGGAAGGUAGGCCUAAUGAAGCCCAGGAGAUUCUAUCGCAGAUGAUUAAUAUGGAUUGCACUCCAAAUGCUUGGACUUUCAGCUCUCUGAUGAAGGGUUUUUUUAAAAUCGGUAAAAGCAAUGAGGCAAUACUGGUGUGGAAAGAUAUGGUAGAUCAGAAUAUUUUACCUAACGAAGUUUGCUAUAGUGUACUCAUCCAUGGACUAUGUGGAGACGGGAAACUGAAAGAGGCUAUGAUGGUGUGGAAGCAAAUGAUUACUAAUGGUUGGAACCCCGACGUUGUGGCAUACACUUCAAUGAUUUAUGGCCUCUGCAAUGCUGGGUCAGUGGAACAGGGACUAAAAUUUUUCCAUGAGAUGUUAUGUAAGGAAUCUAAUAGUCAACCCGAUGUAAUAACGUAUAACAUACUUUUUAAUGCUUUGUGCAAGCAGGAUAGGAUUUCCCGUGCCAUAGAUCUUUUAAAUAACAUGCUAGAUCAAGGCUGUGACCCCGAUUUGGUUACAUGUAACAUUUUCUUGACAAUUUUGAACGAGAAGAUGAACCCACCCCAAAGUGGGGGAGAGUUUUUGGAUGAGCUAGUGCUACGACUGCACAAGCGACAGAGAAUUCUUGGAGCAUCAAAUAUUAUCGAAGUGAUGCUUCGGAAAGCUUUGUACCCUAAAUUAUCAACUUUGGAAAAAAUUGUCCGAGAGCUGUGCAAACCUAAGAAGGUUCAAGUUGCCAUCAACAAGUGUUGGAAUGACCUGUUCCUGUGACUCUAUAGCUUUUUGUCUUAGCUUUGGGAUCCAAGCUUCUUCCUCAGUUCUACCCCGAUGAGGAGCGCCUAUAUCUUAGAAAAGAGGGGUGUGGGUGGCGGUGGCUACGGCAAGCGGGUGCGCUGCUAACAAGCCUACAUAGACGAGCUGAUAUGGGUUAUAUUUGUGUGACAUAACAAGGAAGUAAAGGACUGCAUUCUUAAAGGACAGAAAAGUGAAAGCUGCUGUCGGGUUUCGAAAUGUUAUUAAUCAAUCUCCUUUCCAGUUUCCUGUGAGAAGAAACUGGUUGCUUUGCUGGUCACAACUGCUUUCUUGGUAAAAUGAUCAAGUUAUUUCAUUUUUGGCACCAAACAUGAUGCAUAUUUGCUCAAGCAUGCAGUCAUCUGGGACUGAGUUGAUUCCAAGAUGCAUUCACUCCUGCUAAAACAUAACGUUGUUCAGUUCUGUUGUGGGUGGGGGCUUACUUAGGGCUUUCCAGCUAACCUAAAACCAACUGACAUUAGAGAAUGCAUAUCUGUAGGGGAGUGAUUUGCGUCCCUCGAGAACUCUGGAGGGGAGGGUGCUGCAAAGAGUGAACUAUGGAAUGGAAGUAUACACGCAAAGAUGCACUUCUGUUCACCCCUUUCAAAAGUCUUAUUUGCAGAUUAGGCCUAAACCAAAACCAGAAGGGUUAGUGAAGUUUCAAAGGCUAAUACAGAAGAAGAGGAAAUGAUAGAAGAAGAAAGAUGAAACAGAGAAUGGAUUAUUUAUAGUUUUAUACAGUGUAUAUUACUAUUUUAGUCACUUUUGAUUUUACCCAUUAACCACCAACUCUAACAAGUUGAUUUUACCAACAAUUAAUAUAAUUCACUAAUAUGCUAAUAGUUAAAAACAACCAUUUAUGAUAGAUUAUGUCUUUAAGAAUUGGUACUCAAAAAAAAAAAUGUCUUUAAGAAUUGUGUA